CUCAUGGGGGAAGAGUUCAUCCACGCAAUCCAUCCGGUCCUGCAGGAGCGCUGGACUUCAGACCUGGAGGAGGCCUGGAAGGUAAACAGAGACACUGUUCCUGUACAUCACUCGCACCAUGAAGAAAGGCUACCAGCAGGCCCAGAGGAGCCACAGCAGUAGCUGAGAGCAGCUCGUCCCAUCACGUGGCUUCAGCAGCUCAGGACUGAGUCUUUAAAUGACAAGUUGUGUAGUGAAAAUGUUGUUUUCAGAUCUCAUGUGUAACUGUAUGAAUGUUUAACAGCUCUGAGCUGUGGGCUUUUAUUUUGAAAGUGAAUAAACAUCAUGUGACGAGGA